GCUACGGCGGCACUAGAGGAGCAGGCACUAGGUUGAUUCCUGUGGAGAGUCUCCUAAAUUUACAUCGAAAAGGCAGAAUGCAGAUAUCAAUGCCCCCACCUCAGAUAUAUGUAGAAAAAACUCUGGCUAUUAUCAAACCGGAUAUUGUUGACAAAGAGGAGGAGAUACAAGAUAUUAUUCUCAGAUCUGGAUUCACCAUUGUUCAGAGAAGAAAACUACAUCUCAGCCCUGAGCACUGUAGUAACUUUUAUGUGGAACAGUAUGGGAAAAUGUUUUUCCCCAAUUUGACAGCUUACAUGAGUUCUGGACCACUUGUUGCCAUGAUAUUAGCUAGACAUAAAGCCAUCUCUUACUGGAAAGAACUUUUGGGACCAAGUAAUACCUUAGUAGCUAAGGAGACACACUCAGACAGUCUAAGGGCAAUUUAUGGCACAGAUGACCUAAGGAAUGCACUUCAUGGGAGUAAUGACUUUGCUGCAGCAGAAAGAGAAAUUCGAUUCAUGUUUCCUGAAGUGAUUAUUGAGCCUAUUCCAGUUGGACAAGCUGCUAAGGACUAUUUAAAUUUAUAUGUAACACCAACUCUGCUUAAAGGACUCACAGCCCUUUGUAAGGAGAAACCAGCAGAUCCUUUUAUUUGGCUAGCUGAUUGGCUGCUGAAAAAUAAUCCCAACAAACCAAAGCUUUGUCACAAUCCAACUGCAGAAGAACUUUAGUAAAAUAAAGUUCCCCAAGGACAAAUCACUAUCUUAAUGUAAAAGACACGCUUCUACUAUAAAAGAAACAAACCUUCCUAAGGGUUUAAGUAAC